UACUGUGGGGACUGUGGGGUGUGUACUCACUAGGGAUGGAGGAUGCUGUGUCCUCCAUGGCCUGCCUGUCUCUCAGUGUCAGGAGAUCCUGAGGCAAGUGUGGAGAAGGACUGGGCAGUGAAGUCUCAAACUCCCAAACCUUUAACUACCUCUGAGGUCGAGCAAAUUCUUCCCCCCCACCUCUGCUGCCCUGAGGCCUUCCCAUAAAACUGCUUCCCACCAAGACCUGGGUGCCUACCUCCCGGCUCCUCACACAGAUGGACAGACAGGCCCAAGAAGGUCCCAAGACAGCCACUUGAGAAGUGUGGCUAUGUGCACCAAACACACGCAUUUGUAUAUCUCAUGUGCACACACAUGUCCCAAACACACAUGUGCGUCUGCACACACAACCUAGGGUCCCAGCUUUGUGCAGACAACUUACUCUUAUGCCUCGACCCCCAGGGCAUCAUCGAGGAAGCCAGAAGCAUGGCAACUCUGAGGGCGUGGCUUCUGUGCCUGCUGCUGUUAGCCUUGGUCCUCCCAGGAGCUUCCAGCCGAGCCCACCAGCACUCCAUGGAGACACGCACCCCUGAUAUCAAUCCAGCCUGGUACGCAGGCCGUGGGAUCAGGCCUGUGGGCCGCUUCGGCAGGAGGAGGGCAGCCCUGAGGGACGUGACCGUACCCGGCCUGCGGUGCCGGCUGAGCUGCCUCCCGCUGGAUGGAGGUGCCAAGUUCUCUCAGCACUGACAAAGACAGCCGAGCUCGUGAAGACAGUGAUGCUGGACCCGACGCCACCCUCCCCCUCC